AUGGCGGCACACCUGACUCCAGAUCCGCCGUCUCUGGCACGACGAAUAUACAUCCCGCUGACGCCGACGAGCCCGCCAGGCCUUGUCGAGGCCGAUACCGUCGAUCCGUGGAUCAAGUCGGGCAAGUAUGGCUUGGCCUUUACCUACUUCGCCGCGGCCCUGACCGCGAGCGUCCUCGUCGUCCGGCUCUGGCACUACUGGCAGGACAAGAUUCGCCAGGCCAUCUACAAACAGGAAGUUGAGGAGCACUACAAUCACCUGUACUUGGCCGACCCUGAAUGGGACCAGCCACCCGGUACAGCCGCAUCGAUAGCUGCUGCUGCUGCCGCUGCCAAUGCCAACGCCAACGCCGGUCACGGCAAUGCGACACCGCCGACGGCCUACACGAUCGGCCAUAACUCGAGUCGCCAUUUCUUCCCCGACGAGGUCAAGGCCGAAACCGCUUUCCGCCCAAAAGCGCACAUGUCCUCCAUCACCGUGGUCAACGAUGCCCUGGCCCUCUUCCGCUGGAUCUUCUACCGACCCAUCCCCGACCUCGUCAUCUUCAAGCACCGCUUCACCUUUUCCUCGCUUGCCGUCCUGACCUGCGGCUUCAUUGCGCUCGCCUUCACCACCCUCUACUGCUUCCUGCCACAACCCCUCUACUGGGACAGCAUCCAGUACGGCUCGCCGCCGCUGGCCAUUCGCUCGGGCAUGAUCGCCGUCGCCAUGACCCCCUGGAUCAUCGCCACCAGCACCAAGGCAAACAUUCUCACGCUCAUUACCGGCAUCGGCCCAGAGCGCCUCAACGUGCUGCACCGCUGGGCCGGCUACCUUUGCCUGUUCUUGUCGCUCGUGCACGCCAUCCCCUUUUACAUUCAGCCCGUCUGGGACGGCGGCGGCAUGGCCAUUUUCCAGUCCCUCUUCCCCGCCAACAGCUCUGUCAUUGUCUACGGCACCGGCAUCGCGUGCCUUGUACCGCUCAUCUGGCUCUGUGUCGCGUCGCUGCCCAUCAUCCGCCGCGUCGCCUACGAGGCGUUUGUCAUGCUGCACAUCCCCGUGGGCUUGCUGUACGUCGGCCUGCUGUUCUGGCACACCAAGAACUACUUGGGCUCGUGGGCAUACCUGUACACCACGCUGGGCAUAUUUGUCGUCUGCCAGGUCGUCCGCCUGCGCAACCUCAACUGGUCGCGCCCCUGGCGCAUCUCCUUUUUUGUCGGCGACGAGGCCGCAAUCACGCUCAUGACCGAAAACGCCAUCAAGAUCACCAUCCCGACCCAGAUGCGCUGGCGGCCCGGCCAGUACGUGUACCUGCGCAUGCCCGGCAUCUCGCUGUUCGACAACCACCCCUUCACCGUAUCGUCACUUUGCAGCGAAGAUUUCCCCUCCGCCUACGGCGACGCGUACCGGGAUUGUGUCCUCGUCUUCCGGCCGUAUGGCGGCUUCACGCGGCGCGUGCUCGAGACAGCCCUGGAUAAGGGGCCCUUCCACACCUACCGUGCCUUCCUCGACGGGCCCUACGGCGGCAUGCGCCGCGAGUUGGCGGCCUUUGACACGUGCAUUCUCAUCGCCGGCGGCUCGGGUAUCACGUCGCUCAUGUCCCAGCUGCUCAACCUCAUCAAGCGCAUGCGCGAUGGCAAGGCCAUCACCAAGAAGAUUGUCGUCGUCUGGGCGCUCAAGCGCCUCGAGGCCAUGGACUGGUUCCGCGAAGAGCUGCGCAUUUGCCGUGAGGCCGCGCCGCCCGAGUCUGUGACGUGCAAAUUCUUUGUCACCUCAGCCACCCGCGCCGAACACCGCAACCAAGCUCUGGGCCACCUGUUCGGCAACCCUGGUGAGGACGGCAACGGCAACGGCAUGGGCGCGCAUCACAACACGCGCGCACCACGUCCGCUCAGCAAUCUGUUCCAUGACCGUCUCGACGGCUUUGUCGCCGGCAUCGCCUCCAAGCGCAACUCGGCUCUCAUCGCGGCUGAGGCGCAGGGCGACCCAGAACGCGAGCGCGAGCUGCGCGCCGAGGACGAGGACCGCAUCACGGCACUGCCGCAGCAAAAGUACCUUCAGCCUUACCAGGUGCCGCCGCCGCCGCCGAACCCGCCACCAGCAAAACACAUGUCCAUGACGCCCGACGAGUCGCUGCGGCAGCUCGAGGGCCGUGGCAGCACCGACGUCAAGGACUACAAGGACAGCAAGUCGUUGGCAGCAGACACCUUAUCUGUCCCUCAGAGAGAUCAGAAGGACACAAAACAAAAACAAAAGAACCGCAUGAGCAUCAGCGGCCUGAGCACGCUCGUGUCGUCAACAGCGGCCUACACUGCUGAGGAGGAGGAGAGCAACUUUCACUUCACGCCGCACCCGCGCGCCGACGCGCCGCACUUUAACCUGGUGCCGCCGUCUGCCAUGCGGAAAGCUGCCGAGGCGGGCGAGGUCCAGUUGCACGACGGUGAACAGAAUGGUGGUGACGGCCUGCCAGAGCCCGGUCCGAACGGCGACCACACCGGUAUGCGCCCGCCUGAGCUGGCCCACCUGCGGACGGAUGUUGGUGGCAUCCAGCGGCGACCAGAUGCGGCCGCCGGCGCACGUCCUACCUCCACAUUCGGCCCGCCCUCUGGCUUCGACUUUGGCUUCGCCGAAACGCCCACCGAGUUCCAAAAGUCGCUCAUGCGCUUUGCCUUCCCCGUACCGCACCAGAUCGACGGCGGCUGGAGCGUCGAGUACGGCCGCCCGGAUCUGGGGUACAUGCUGCGCGAGUGGGCCACGGGCGGCAGCGACGGACGCGGCGUGCUCGGCCGCCGCACGGCCGUCUUUGUGUGCGGCCCGGCGAGCAUGCGUGUGGGCGUGGCCAAUACGGUGGCUCGUCUGCAGGCGGAGAUUUGGGGCGACGACAUGCUCGAGGAGAUCUUCCUGCACACGGAGAACUAUUCUCUGUAA